CUUAGUCGAUUUAAAGCCGACGCCAAAAUGUUUAUUGUCAUACGCCGCAACCCUUAGUUUUGUUGGACAAAGGUAUCUGCUUGCCAGUCGAAAAACAACAAAUGAAUCGUAAAUAUUGUGGAAGUUGUGGAAAACAAAAGAACAAACAAAUUACAUCGUAGAAAAUUGUGAAAUAAUAAUAAAAAGUUAAUAUUUUAAAAUAUUUUGUCAUUCGUGAAUCAUAUUAUUAAACACAAAAAUGAAUUGAAUGUAAAUUAGAUUAAAAAUAUACAUAUAUUAUUGUUUGUUAGAACGAAAAAGAGAAAACAUAUUUUUACAAAGAAAAUACAAACAAAAAUAAUUAUCGAUUAUUACAAUUAUUGUGCCUGUGUAAAACGAAUAUAAUAGAAAAGAAAUUUAAAUAACGUUGAAUUUCAUUUGUGCCCAGUCAAAAUUAGCUACAGAUGGUGUUCCACUGGCUAAAAAUUAAUAAAAAUGUUAUUAAUCAAUUUAUCACCCGGAUUUCUAGCCGGUCAAUUUUGGUGGAUUCAGUAAUACUUGUUUUGAUUUUUGGUACCAGUUGCUGUGAUGCAACUGCUACAGACAUCGCGCUUGACGCGAAGGCGACGUUAACGCAUCGCAUUGACAGCCUUAACCUUCUUGUCUACACCUUCCUGCUGACCUUGACUGUAUUGACAAUAUGGUUGUUUAAGCAUCAUCGUGUCUCAUGGUUACAUGAGACUGGCCUCGCUGUGAUAUAUGGUUUAAUUGUGGGUGCUGCAAUACGAUAUUCAGCUUCAUCAAAACCACUUGUACAUUUGGAAGUUGAACCCGAUCCAAAUUCGAAAUUCAAUCAAACAUUACCCCCAGAUACGCUCUGGUUACAAUUUCCUGGCAAAUUAACACCACCAAAUAAUAGCGAACCAUUAGAAAAUAAAACGUAUGCGUAUACUUUCCGAAGUCAAGUUUAUGAUGUAGUUGAGAAUGAAAUCGAUUUAAAAGCAACAUUUGAUCCAGAAAUAUUUUUCAAUAUAAUUUUACCACCUAUUAUAUUUCACGCAGGCUACAGUUUAAAAAAGAAAUAUUUUUUUCGUAAUCUUGGCGCUAUUUUAACAUUUGCUAUAUUAGGCACAACAUUAUCAGCGUUCCUAAUCGGUGCCAUUAUGUACGGUUGUGUGAAACUGAUGCCAUCAUAUCUGAGCAGCAGUUUUACAUUUCUGGACACACUGUAUUUCGGAGCGUUGAUUUCGCCAACAGAUCCACUAACAAUACUAGCCAUUUUUCAUGAUCUACAUGUUGAUGUUAAUCUUUAUGCGCUGGUUUUUGGUGAAUCUGUUUUAAAUGAUGCGGUGGCGAUUGUAUUAAGUGGAGCAAUACAAAAUUAUGGAGAGCACUAUUCAAGCACUGGGGAGUUCGAGACGUAUGCCUUCUUCCGAGCGUUAAGCGAUUUCUUUGGUAUAUUCAUGUUAUCAUUAUUAAUUGGAGCUUUAAUGGGCUGCUUUACAGCAUUGUUGACUAAAUUUACUCGAGUUCGAGAUUUUCCUCUACUAGAAUCGGCGCUAUUUGUUUUGAUGUCCUACAGUACCUUUCUUAUAGCUGAAGCUUCUGAAUUAACUGGUGUGGUAGCAGUAUUAUUCUGUGGCAUUUGUCAGGCGCAUUACACCUAUAAUAAUUUGUCGGAAAAUUCUCGCACAAGAACCAAAGAAAUUUUUGAGCUAUUAAAUUUUUUAGCAGAGAAUUUCAUAUUUUCAUAUAUUGGUGUUUCUAUGUUCACCUUCCCGAAACAUCAUUUUGAUGCUGUAUUCAUAAUAACUGGUUUUAUAUGUGCAGCUAUCGGACGUGCUGUUAAUAUUUAUCCCUUAUCAUGGCUGUUAAAUUUAAAUAGAAACCCAAAAAUUUCUUCAAAUUUCCAACACAUGCUAUUUUUUGCUGGUUUGCGAGGUGCAAUGUCAUUUGCCUUAGCUAUACGUAAUACCAUAUCAGAGGCUCGUCAAACAAUGUUGACUGCAACAUCUUUAAUUGUUAUAUUUACUGUUGUUAUACAGGGUGGUGCAUCAAAUUUUCUAUUGAGCUGGCUCAAGAUACCUGUGGGUGUUGAUGAAGAGACUGAACAAUUAAAUAAUUAUCAGAUUCACAGUGAUUGUGGUGAUUUGGAAAAUAAUGCCGCUGCGGGCAAUGGAAUUGGUAGUAAUGGUAGACGUAAUGAAAAAGCCAUUCUUGCCAGACUGUGGGGUAACUUUGAUACAAAAUAUAUGAAACCAUUGUUAACACAUUCAAGGCCAACUUUAUUGGAGACCUUGCCUGUGUGUUGUAACCCUGUGGCACGACUUUUAACAACCACCGAACAGUUGACACAGGAUGGUGGGUUAAGGCGUACCGAUUCAGAUUCUGAUAUUUGCAUAGACGACAAUGAUAUAGGUCGUAGUCGUAGCGGAAGUGGUGGAGGCUCAGUUACUGGCGCGACAGGUGAUCCUCGCCGUAACUCGAUUAAUCGCAUGGAAAUUCUGGAACAUGUUCAAAGUCCCGUAUCGACACGUAUUAGACUUUUAGGGUUUUAUGGUAAAAAUUUAUAGAACAAUGGUAAACAUAAAUUUUUAUACAAAUAACAAAAUAAAAAACAAUAAAUACCAAAUAACUAAAACUACAUAAAUAAUAAUAUAAUUUUUUUAACAAAUAACAAAUUUAUUUAAAAUAUUAAGUAAAAUCGUGUGCUAGCUAACUUAUAAUAAAACUAUAUACAAACUAAUAAUAUUAAUAAAUUAAAAUAUAAAAUUCAAUGUAUGCAGAUUUAUUUGCUAACACAAAAUUUAAAUAUUUAGAUAAAACAAAAACGUAAAAAAUUGUUAAUCCUUAAUACCAAAUAAAACUAAUCAUAGUGUUGAAAUAUAAAUAAAAAACAAUAAAAUAAAUAUACUAAAUAUAUAGUUAUUUUUAAAUAUACAAGAAAUUGAAAAAAAAAUAAUGAAACUUUUUUUAUAUCAAAUCAUAAAACCAUGAAUUGUAGUAUACGUAUUAAAUGCUAAAAUACGAAUAUGAUUAAUAAUGAAAUUAGCAUGUACAUUUUUCAGUUUAUUUAUAAAUUAAGCUUGUAAUUUCUAUUUUUUUCAAAUUGUAUUGUAUUUAGUACGAAAAUGUAAAUUUUUAAAAUUAAUUGUCACUUACAAUAUAUAUUUCAUAAAAAAUUAUUCAAAUAAUUCAGAUUUGUUGCUAUUGUUGUAUUAAAUAUUCAAAAUUUUGCCACAUAUUUUAAUUUAUUCGUAAAAGUAUAUUAAAAGAACAUAAAUAAAUGGAACGCAAAAUAUAAU